AUGCCGAGAGCUACGAAAAAGGACGUGGUGCCCCCCACGUUGGACGAGGAUGCGCUGGAGCGGAAGCGCGUACUCAACGUUCUAGCCCAACGAAGAUACCGCAAAAGAAACAAAGACAGAAUUCAAGCGUUACUAGCUCGAGCCGAAGGAAACGAGUCGUCAGAUGCAAUCCCUCCCCCCAACCAGGCACCUUGCACGCUACCCACCGCGCAUGAAUCAUUAGCCACUCAUACAAUUUCUCCGAGAGAACCAUUCUCAGUAUUGAGAUCUGAACCCACACAGUCAUUACCACAUGGCUUAUCCCUAUUAGCAUGGAGCUUCCCGUGGUCCCCAACAGGAGAAUGGCCCGAGGUGAAUACCCCGUCAUUCGAUUUCAACGAGCAUGAAGAUCUGGUUGCGAACCAAUCACCAGACAUUUUGGAUUUCCCCAGCAAUAUUACUGCAGAACUGCAAAAUUAUGACACCUCCGCUUUCAGCUUCCCAGACGAUCGCAUCCUCGAAGUUCCAUCCCUAACACUCCUGAACGCCGCCAUGAAAAUCGCCCAACGAUUAAACAUUACAGAUCUAAUAUGGGACAUGUCAGCAGUCAGCCCCUUCUUCCAAGGCGAUUCAUCGCAGACAUUGAUGACAGACCCGCCUUCUUUGAAUUCUUCGUCGGCAUCAGUGUCAGGGCCUUCAUCAACAAGAUCUCCAUCCUAUAUGACUGUCUUCGACAAACUGCCUUCCCAUCUCCAGCCAACUCCUACUCAGCGUUUGAUCCCACACCAUCCCGUUCUAGAUCUGCUUCCUUGGCCAAGUACGCGGGACAAACUCAUUCAAGUGUUCAACCUCCCUGUCAAUCUACGCCCGCAAACCGCGCGGGAUCCUAUGGGCGUUGUGCGGCUGGUGUAUGAUAUGGAGGAUUCGAGCGGCGAGGGACUGAAGGUGAAUGGACAGGAUCCAUUCGAACCGCAGGAAUGGGAGAUAGGACAGUUGUUGUUCGAGAGGUGGUGGUGGGCCUUUGAGAGUAUUGUUGUGGCAAAUAGUAAUUGUGCUAGGAGAGAUAGGGGAAAGGAGACGUUGAGACUUGAGUGCUGA